AUGGGCGAGCGCCGGGGGCGCGGGGCCGUGCAGGAGGCGGUGGGGCCGAAGCGGAGCCCCUCUCCGAGUGCUGCUGCAAAUGGGCUGGGCCUGGACGAGGAGCCUCUGCUGAGGAAGAACCCUCGCCGCUUCGUCAUCUUCCCCAUCCAGUACCCAGACAUAUGGAAGAUGUAUAAACAGGCUCAGGCCUCCUUUUGGACAGCAGAAGAGGUUGACUUGUCAAAGGACCUUCCUCACUGGAACAAGCUGAAAGCAGAUGAGAAAUACUUCAUCUCUCAUAUUCUGGCAUUUUUUGCAGCCAGUGAUGGAAUUGUAAAUGAAAACCUGGUGGCACGUUUCAGUCAGGAGGUGCAGAUCCCAGAAGCACGAUGUUUCUACGGCUUUCAGAUCCUCAUGGAGAACGUUCACUCGGAGAUGUACAGCCUGCUCAUAGAUACCUACAUCAGAGAUCCCCAGAAAAGGGAUUUCUUAUUUAAUGCGAUUGAAACAAUGCCUUGUGUCAAGAAGAAAGCAGACUGGGCUCUGAAGUGGAUUGAAGACAGAGAAGCCACUUUUGGUGAGAGAGUGGUUGCCUUUGCUGCAGUUGAAGGCAUCUUCUUUUCGGGUUCCUUUGCUGCUAUCUUUUGGCUGAAGAAGAGGGGCCUGAUGCCUGGACUGACCUUCUCCAAUGAACUUAUUAGCAGAGAUGAGGGUCUACACUGUGACUUUGCUUGUCUAAUGUUCCAUUACUUGGUAAACAGACCAUCAGAAGAGCGAGUCCAUGAGAUCAUCGUUAACGCCGUUGAGAUCGAGCAGGAGUUCCUAACAGAGGCAUUACCUGUAGGUCUGAUUGGAAUCAAUUGCACUUUGAUGAAACAAUACAUUGAAUUUGUUGCAGACCGGUUGCUGAUGGAGCUUGGCUUCUCAAAGGUCUUUCGUGCAGAAAAUCCUUUUGAUUUCAUGGAGAACAUUUCUUUGGAAGGCAAAACAAAUUUCUUUGAGAAGCGAGUUUCAGAGUAUCAACGAUUUGCUGUUAUGGCAGAAACCAUGGACAAUGUCUUCACCCUGGAUGCAGAUUUUUGAUAACUUGGCAAACAGACUGUUUCCCACUCCCCAUCUU